AUAGAGUGAACAAGAGUCACUUGGAGAACAAAAGGAGGAAUUUUGGGGGACGAGUCAUUCAGGGAGGGAGGGACAGAGAAAGCUCGCUACAUGUGCCUGGCUGGGGUACAGAGCAAAGAGUAGAUAAAGACAGAGAAGUGUCUGACAACAGCCAUCUGAGGACAAGGGGAAUUGUUGGAGGAAGGGACAGGAGAGCAAGCAGAGCUAUUUCAAGAGUGAGCAGUAGAAGGGAACAUAAGAACCCACGGACUGUCUAAAGUCAACGAGGAAGGGUCCAGAGGCAGUCAGGGAAGGCCAGGACCGGGGCCAAGGCCAGGGCAGGCACGAUCACUGAGGGGAUGAACUUCACAGUGGGUUUCAAGCCGCUGCUAGGGGAUGCACACAGCAUGGACAACCUGGAGAAGCAGCUCAUCUGUCCCAUCUGCCUGGAGAUGUUCUCCAAACCGGUGGUGAUCCUGCCCUGCCAGCACAACCUAUGCCGCAAGUGUGCCAACGACGUCUUCCAGGCCUCGAACCCUCUAUGGCAGUCCCGGGGCUCCACCACGGUGUCUUCGGGGGGCCGUUUCCGCUGCCCAUCUUGCAGGCAUGAGGUUGUCCUGGACAGACAUGGUGUCUAUGGCCUGCAGCGAAACCUGCUAGUGGAGAACAUCAUUGACAUUUACAAGCAGGAGUCUUCCCGGCCACUGCACUCCAAGGCUGAGCAGCACCUCAUGUGUGAGGAGCACGAAGAGGAGAAGAUCAAUAUCUACUGCCUGAGCUGUGAGGUGCCCACCUGCUCCCUCUGUAAGGUCUUCGGCGCCCACAAGGACUGCGAGGUGGCCCCACUGCCCACCAUUUACAAACGCCAGAAGAGCGAGCUCAGUGAUGGCAUCGCAAUGCUGGUGGCAGGCAACGACCGUGUGCAAGCAGUGAUCACACAGAUGGAGGAAGUGUGCCAGACCAUCGAGGACAACAGCCGGAGGCAGAAGCAGUUGCUCAACCAGAGGUUCGAGGCCCUGUGUUCUGUGCUGGAGGAGCGCAAGGCAGAGCUGCUGCAGGCGCUGGCCCGAGAGCAGGAGGAGAAGCUGCUGCGAGUCCGGGGCCUCAUCCGCCAGUAUGGAGACCACCUGGAAGCUUCCUCCAAGCUCGUGGAGUCCGCCAUCCAGUCCAUGGAGGAGCCGCAGAUGGCACUGUACCUCCAGCAGGCCAAGGAGCUGAUCAAUAAGGUCGGGGCGAUGUCGAAAGUGGAGCUGGCGGGACGGCCCGAGCCAGGCUACGAGAGCAUGGAGCAGUUCAGCGUGAGCGUGGAGCACGUGGCCGAAAUGCUGAGGACCAUCGACUUCCAGCCGGGCGCUUCCGGAGAGGACGAGGAUGAGGAAGUGGCACUGGACGGGGAAGAGGGCGGCGCGGGGCCAGAAGAAGAGCGGCCGGAGGGGCCGGAAGGCACAGGCGGGCACUGAGCCCUAGGUCCUGGCGCUGGGGUCGCGGA